CAAGGACUAACUCCACGAGUGUAUUUUGCUUUUCCUUGUGUUUUUUUCCUGUGAUGCCAACGCAGAACGGUAAUGGUGGCAAAGAGGAAACCGUGACGAUUGAACUGCAACGUAGAAUAUGAAGCUACGGCCGAAGCGAUAUGAUAGAAAAAUGGAAUGUGCAGCGCGAAGUGCUGUGGUUUCCUGUCUAUGUGAAGAGACUCACUUUGUGGGCACAUCAAUGCUCCCUCCACCAGCUAACGGGGGCUGCAUAAUGUAUUGUUUUGAAGUUUAACUAUACAACGUUUAACUUUUUUGUUUUGUUUUUCUUAACGCUUGAAUGCAUGAAGUCGACUCACCUUCUGCAAAGCACCCUUUUCCACUUCAACACCACGCAGGAUAUUGCUUCAAAGGUAACUUUGUACAGAAGCAGCCACCAUGGCAGAAGCUCACCAGGCAGUGGCCUUUCAGUUCACUGUCACCCCAGAUGGCAUCGACCUGCAGCUGUGCCACGAGGCUCUGCGCCAAAUCUACCUCUCUGGUCUUCACUCAUGGAAGAAAAGAUUCAUUCGCUUCAAGAAUGGAGUUAUGACUGGCGUGUACCCAGGCAGCCCUGCUGGCUUCAUGGUUGUAGUCGUUUCUUACAUGUCGUACAAUAAAUACAAACAGCUGGAUCCAUCUCUUGGCUUGAUUGCUAAACUGGGACAACACAUGCCUAUUAGUAAAUAUAUGUCCACAGACACUCAGAAGAUUGUUGGUGGGGUCUUGGUGGGCACAGGUCUAUGGGUGACCAUAAUCAUGAUCAUGAGGAAUGUCCUCAAGUGCCUCUUGUCGUGGCAUGGCUGGAUGUAUGCACGCCAUGGCUCUGUAUCCUGGUCAACUCGAUUGUGGAUGUUGUUGGUUAAGGUGUUCUCUGGAAGGAAACCAAUGCUCUAUAGUUUCCAGAACUCCCUGCCGCGGCUACCUGUUCCACCUGUUAAGGAUACCUCCAGAAGGUACCUAGAGUCGGUCCGCCCACUAAUGGAUGAUGAACAGUUUAAACGGAUGAAGGGACUAGCUAAGGACUUUGAGAUGAAUCUGGGUCCUAGACUGCAAUGGUACCUAAAACUGAAGUCGUGGUGGGCCUCCAAUUAUGUCAGUGAUUGGUGGGAAGAGUAUAUUUACCUUCGAGGUCGAGGGCCCAUCAUGGUGAACAGCAACUACUAUGCGAUGGACUUCCUUUAUGUAUUCCCCACUUCAAUUCAGGCUGCCAGAGCAGGUAAUGCCAUUCAUGCGAUCAUGCUGUACAGGAGGAAGCUGGACCGAGCCCAGAUCAAACCAAUAUACUUGCUGGCAAACAAGGUUCCUCUGUGUUCGGCUCAGUGGGAGCGGAUGUUUAACACUACCCGCAUCCCAGGUUUGGAGACAGAUAUCCUUCAGCACACGAAUGAGAGCAAACACAUAGCCGUGUACCACAAAGGUCGAUUCUUCAAGGUGUGGAUGUUUUACGAUGGCCGUCUUCUGUUGCCGCGGGAGAUCGAACAGCAGAUGGAGAGGAUCCUGGCUGACAAGUCUGAACCCUUGCCAGGAGAGGAGAGGCUCGCUGCACUCACUGCAGGGGAAAGGACCCCUUGGGCAAAGUGCCGCAACACCCACUUCAGCCGUGGCAAGAACAAGCAGUCUCUGGACGCCAUUGAAAAGGCAGCCUUCUUUGUGACCCUGGAUGAAACAGAGCAGCGGUUCGAAGAAAGCAGCCCGGUCAAGUCUCUGGAUAGUUAUGCAAAGUCUUUGCUCCAUGGAAAGUGCUACGACAGGUGGUUUGAUAAAUCCUUUAACCUGAUAGUUUUUAAGAACGGCACCAUGGGUCUGAAUGCUGAGCACUCCUGGGCUGAUGCUCCAAUCGUUGGUCAUCUGUGGGAGCACGUGCUCUCCAUGGACCCAUUUAAGCUUGGAUAUACUGAAGACGAGCACUGUUGUGGGGAGCCACAUCCCAACCUGCCUGCCCCCCAAAGACUGCAGUGGGAUAUUACUGAUGAGUGCCAAGGGAUCAUCGACUACUCUCUGACAGUUGCCAGGACUCUGGCCGAUGAUGUGGACAGCCACAUUUUCCCCUUCAAUGAUUUUGGCAAGGGUCUCAUCAAGAAGUGCCGUACCAGUCCCGAUGCCUUUAUCCAGAUUGCCCUGCAGUUGGCUCAUUACAGGGACAAAGGCAAGUUCUGCCUGACCUACGAAGCCUCCAUGACUCGUUUGUUCCGUGAGGGCCGAACCGAAACGGUCCGUUCCUGCACCACCGAGACGUGCGCCUUCGUUCAUUCCAUGAUCAGAGAUGAGACUAGAGAAGAACGUCUGAAGUUGCUCAAACUGUCAGCAGAGAAGCACCAAAACAUGUACCGCCUGGCUAUGACUGGCAUGGGCAUUGAUCGCCACCUCUUCUGUCUCUACGUGGUUUCCAAAUACCUGGGAGAAGACUCACCCUUCCUCAAGGAGGUCCUGUCUGAGCCGUGGAGACUCUCCACCAGCCAGACGCCGUUGCAGCAGGUGGAGCUGUUUGACCUGGUCAGACACCCCGAGUAUGUGUCAUCUGGAGGCGGCUUUGGACCGGUGGCUGAUGAUGGUUAUGGUGUGUCAUAUAUCAUCGUUGGAGAAAACCUGAUCAACUUCCACAUCUCCAGCAAACACUCCAGCCCAGAAACUGACUCACACCGCUUUGGUGGCAACAUCAGACAAGCCAUGUUGGACAUGCUCAACCUCUUCCGGCUUGAGAACAAAGCUUCCGAGUGAAGGGCUUUCUCUCUGGUGGAUCUAAAGACGUGUAUUCUUCCUGAAGCUGUACAGAAUCAAAUAUAGGGUCGGGUUAUUUUCAUUCAUUUUACAGGAAAACAACUGCAUAUUUGAGAUGCAUUUACAAACCUGGCUUUCAUUUAAUUUGUGAGGUGUUUAUGUGGACUGUAGGCAUUUGGCAUAUUGUGGAUUGUAAUGGCGUUUGCUACAGGUAGUGCGCAGAUCAACGUUUCCCUUCACAGGACUGUGCGCACCGGUGCCUUCGUGAUGAUGAACCAUUUGUGUAGAAUGGGCAGAAAGGGAGGAACGGUCCGACCGAGCUAACAUCAGUUUUAUCUCCCUAUAUCUGAAGCACUAAGCCGUAUGGAAUAUUUAAGGUUUUUACGUUGCGAUGUAGCGCAAGAUCGUUUGCUGCUUUGUUCCUUUGUUUGAUUUCUUAUUAGGCCUUCUUUCACGAGUUGCAGUUGCACAUGACUGUCCUGUCAAACUUGAGUUGUUGCAACUCAACAUCGUGCUGAUCGUCCACCGUUUCAAAACUCGCGAUCAGGGUCGGGCCAGUGAGCGAGCACGAUUGUAGAAACCAUUGCAGAAGACGGCCGUUUCCGCCGUUCGGCCCCAUGAUGCCUUUUUGAAUCGUGCCCAUUCUAUGAACUUGUUGUGUUUGAUUGUAUGACGUAGCGACAAAUGUUUGUCUUCAUCCUCAGGUUUUGCUAGCGUGGCGUAAUAUUCUAGCGGCAAGCUUUUAUUUCGAGCGUGUACAUGUGCAGCAGCAGUUGAGAUGCAGUACGAAAAAAACGGUCCCUCGCAUAUUCACGGUGCGUGCCACAAUUGUUCAUUAACGAGUACGUCGUUCACUCCCAAGAAUGAGAUGGUUUUAUCACGCGACAUUAAUUUCAAUGGUUUAGUUGUCACAUCGUGGUGUAUAGUUGCAACUCAUCACCCAUGGAACACAAAACGGGGUUUGUAUAUUUCUCCAGUCCUUCAUGAAACACCCGCACGGAGCGGUUGUCUCGCAUAGGGCUGCAUUUCUUAUGUGUAUAUGUUGUCAGUACAUUUUAUUUAUUUGUUUUCCAAGUUCGAGCGACGCACAACAAAUGGAUGUAGACAUGCAUUUUUACCACGCCUCUUUACUUUUCUGGUUUAAGUCUAUUUUUGACGGCCUUUGCCGUUAUGUAAUUGUAUGAUUUAUCAGUACACCGUGUUCACACUGCUACAUGGUUUUUGAAGAUAUGAUGCUGUAUAGGUUCGCUUCUAAUUUAAGGUCAAAUUGAUGAGCAGCUGGUGGAUACCAAAACAAGUUUUAACAAUAAAGUGAAUGUCAAACAGCUGUAUGAGAA